AUUUUUUUUUUUUUUUUUUUCGUUAAACGCGAGGAAUUUUCGAAAAAUCGGUAGUGCAUAUCGUCUAGUAUAGUGGUACUGGCUGCGGCGAGGAAGAACAAUGGGCGAGUCAACGAUGAGGCUUUUGACGCUCUUGUGUGUUGCAUUUACGCUCGUUGGCCCGAGCGCCCAAGAAACGUGCCAAAUUCCCCUGAUAAUAAGGGGCGCUUGGUCAUCGUGGGAAAACGGACAGCCCACUUUGACCGAAAUCAACGCCGAAACCAUGACCAGCAGGGGAUACUGCGUCGACAUGAAAGAGGAAUACCAUGUCAAUUACACGUUCGUCUUCCGCCAAGACGUAUGCUUCCACUGCGUCAAGUUGAUCGUUCGGACUGUCAAUGUCCUGGAAAAACUUGAAACCGGUUGCGUGAAUCUCCCAUCCGGCGUCGAGCCUACGGUAGAAAACGUUUGCAGGGGCUUAAAAGCCGACCAACAACUCAUCACUCUGUUUUCCGAAAAUUUCGUACCCGUCAACUGCAGGUCCUCCCUCGAAGGAGUCUGGCAAUUCACCUAUCAGAACAAAUUUCGGUUCACCGGCGAGUGCAAUAACCCGGACGCCCAAAUUCGCUCGUGUCAAACGGCAGGGACGCAAUUCUUCAUCACCAAUCAAAAAUUCAACAUCACGUACAAGCAGUGCCCGGGCAUGAAAGGAACUUUCGUGGCAGUGGUGGAGUACAGUUGUUUGGGGGACUGGUUCGUGGACAAGAACCAUUACUUCGCCGUGGCGAACACCAAGGAGUCGCGCAAGGACGAGAAGUACCGGUGUUUUUUGAAAAACCGGGACGACGAUCUUUACAUCGGGGUGUCGAUAACGGCCGAGUGCAACGUACUCAAGAGCGUGGAAAAAAGCCCGGAGCGUCUGCGCAUCACCCCGGUGAAGACGGAGGUGGUCGAGCCGGGCUGUCGGCUGCCGCAGAACAUGUCCGGCAAUUGGAUCAACACGGCCAACAUCGACGCCGACGUGUUCAUCAACGAGACGCACAUCAUCGAGACGUGGUAUCCGGAUUCCGGGAGGUACAGGAAGACCAUCUACACGUGCCGCGAGACCAGAGACACGCGCUUCAUGAUGGCCAGACUUACGGUGGACGGAUGCCAAAAAGAUUUCGUUUGCUUCGACUUUGUGCCACAGCAUCACAACAUUAUUAGGUACAGAAAAGGUUUGGCUGUCAUCAAGGACGAUUUUCACACGGUGUGUUCUUGGGUUAAAUUCAAAAAUGAAAAGGAAUGGAAGUACGAUUUGUUCUUGGCAAAGGAUCCAGUUCCCGUAAGGUGUCCAGUGGCAGGGAAAUUCAGCUUCAAGCAAACAGGAGACGUCCUCUUCCAAACUCGGAUCCUCGGUGGUGUUACCGAUUCACCUCGACCUGAUGUACGAUGCAAACAAGUCAUUUCCGAUUUUUCGGUGUGCGGUACCGAUCAAAAGGAAAUCGCGAUUGACGAGAGGUAUUGUUUGACCGUCGAUCACUUGGGCCGACCCAUCGAUAUAUACAGCGAGCCUGACUACAAAAUGAAGUGUAUUGGAUAUUUCAAAGAGAACUUGAAAUCUUACCUAAUUACUUUCGACGAGCGUGACCCGUACAGUAAAUAUCACUGCUGGGUGUAUCAGAGAGCCGAUCUCAACAGGGUUCUCAUGUCACAAGCUAUUGGUUCGUUCUGCGAUAUUAAACAAGACGUGACCAGUUCAAACUAUACCGAGGGUGCUGCAGUUGCCCUUGAUUUGGAGGAAUACGAAAGAGAACGAGACCAGUGCCCAAUGUGGUUCGAUGAUGGAUCCAAUCCUUGGGUUAAAACUGAAACUUACUAUCAAGUUUUCCAUUUUGGAUCUUACAACUCAGUGGCAGCGGUUUAUUGCAGUCUUUUGCUGAUAGCUUUUAUAUUACCAAUACACUUUUUACGUUCUUAGUCGAAUGAACAAUUAUUGUUCAUAUGAUAGGUAUAGCUUUGUGUGCUACAGCUACUGUAGUGUACCGAGUUAAGUCCAUGAGCUAGUUUAAGGUUUGAAUCUCAUGUUAGGAAGUAUAGUGCUUAAUUUUUCGAAUUUUUAAAAUUCUUAUUUAGUAAAUGUUCCGUCCAAUUCAGCGAAGAGUUCGCUAAAAUUUUUCAAGUGCCUGAUAUAGAAUUAUAAGUACAACCAUAGGAAUAAAGUCAUGUCUAGAUAUAAUUCACUUUCAACUGAGGUGAAUAAUAAUAAAAAUAAAAAUAGAAAUAACUAUGACAUUUUAACUACGCAUUAAUUAUCGACCAAAUUUUAAUAGGGUAAUUAAUUAAAUAUUGAAAACCAGGUAUGAUUAAUAUGUUUGUAUAUGAUUUAAAAGUAUUUUAAAUGUACAAUAUUUCAUGACUUAACGUGUAAAACCUAAAAAUGAACAAAUUUGUAUUUUUAUAAGCUAUGUUAUAAAUUUAUAUACAUUUUGUUACAAUUGUAAAACAAAUAAAAUCAUUUCUAAACAAUGAUGAAUAGUUGAUACUCUAUACUACGUAAUACCUCAA